AUGGUUUCCGGACAUUCUAAAAUCAUUAAAUCAGACGGUGCUCCAAUUGAUGAAGUUGAAAAGAGUGUUGCCACUGCUCUUAAAGAACUUGAAGCAACCGAAAAAAGUAUCACAGAACUCUACAUUGUUGGAGCCAAAGAACUUGACUUCGGAGGUAAAAAAUGUAUCGUUGUUUAUGUUCCAGUUCCACAACUUAAACAAUUCCAAAAAGUCCAUGAGCAAAUUACACGUAACUUAGAAAAGAAAUUCGGAGGUACACACAUCGUCUUCAUUGCCAAGAGACGUAUUUUGCCAAAACCACAAAGAGGAAAAAAACACAGACCAUCAAAACAAGUACGUACCAGAUCCCGUACUCUUACAACUGUUCAUGAAGCUAUUCUUAAUGACUUAGUCUAUCCAGCCGAAGUUGUUGGAAAAAGAAUCCGUGUUAAAUUAGAUGGCAAAAAACUUAUGAAAGUCCAUUUGGACAAGAGUCAAGAAAACUUUGUUGGACACAAAGUUGAUACAUUUACUCAUGUCUACAAAGCUCUUACUGGAAGUGAUGCUGUCUUUGAAUUCCAAGCUCAACUCUUCUAA